GGGCGGUUCACGCCACCCGGAAGCGCUCGGCGGCCGCCGGCCGGAAGCGGCAGGGGUUUGUUUCUGGUCGGACCCGCCCGGAGGCUGCACGUUCCUCCCGCGGGCCCGGCAACCAACAGCCUCAUGGCUUUCAACUUCGGGGCGACGGCGGGCGCCGGUGCUGCCAACCCCACCGGAUUUGGUGGGCUUGAAACUGCAAACUCCACUGCCAGUGGGUUUAAUUUUGGGGGUUUUGGAUUAACUGCUAACCCCGCAGUGAAUUUUAAUAUUGGGAAUUUCGGUGUUUCCACUACCUCAACUCCACCAUUCAAUUUUGGUAACACUCUGGCAAGUGCAGGUGCAUUUGGAGGAUUUGGGACAACCACCACCACUGCAGCACCAGCCUUUAGCUUUUCUGCUCCCACCAACACAGGUACCAGCGGACUUUUUGGUGCUACUCAGAACAAAGGCUUUGGAUUUGGGACUACUUUUGGCACAGGAACUGGAACUGGCUUGGGUAGUGGGUUGGGAACUGGGCUGGGCUUUGGAGGCUUCGGUACCCAGCAGCAGCAGACCACACUAGGAAGCAGCUUGUUCAGCCAGCCUGCUCAGACACCUGCCCAGUCCAACCAGCUCAUCAAUACAGCCAGUGCCCUCUCAGCUCCCACACUCUUGGGAGAUGAGAGAGAUGCAAUUUUGGCUAAAUGGAACCAGCUUCAGGCCUUCUGGGGAACAGGCAAAGGCUACUUCAACAACAACAUUGCUCCCGUGGAGUUCACUCAGGAAAACCCCUUCUGCAGGUUUAAGGCUGUGGGUUACAGUUUAAUCCCCAACAACAAGGAUGAAGAUGGCCUCGUGGUCUUGGUGUUUAACAGAAAAGAAGCAGAUAUCCGAAGCCAGCAGCAGCAGCUGGUAGAGUCACUACACAAAAUUCUGGGAGGAAACCAGACCCUGACUGUCAACGUGGAAGGUGUCAAAAUGUUGCCAGAUGACCAGACAGAAGUGAUCAUUUACGUGGUCGAGCGCUCACCCAACGGCACCUCAAGGAGAGUCCCUGCAUCCACCCUCCAUGCCCACUUUGAGCAGGCCAACAUCAAAACGUCCCUGCAGCAGCUGGGAGUCAGCUUCUCCAUGGCCAGGACAGAGCUUUCCCCAGCACAGGCCAAGCAGCUCCUGCAGAACCCUCCUGCUGGUGUUGAUCCUAUUAUAUGGGAACAAGCCAAAGUUGAUAAUCCUGAUCCUGACAAACUGAUUCCUGUGCCAAUGGUGGGUUUCAAGGAACUGUUAAGAAGAUUGAAGGCCCAAGAUCAGAUGACCAAACAGCAUCAGACUCGAUUAGAUAUAAUAUCAGAAGAUAUCAGUGAGCUGCAGAAAAACCAAACAACAACUAUGGCAAAGAUUGCACAGUACAAGAGGAAGCUGAUGGCUCUUUCUCACAGGACAUUACAGGUGUUGAUAAAGCAGGAGAUCCAAAGGAAAAGCGGUUAUGCCAUCCAGGCAGAUGAAGAGCAGCUUCGUGUGCAGCUGGACACCAUUCAGUGUGAACUUAAUGCACCUACUCAGUUCAAGGGCAGGCUGAAUGAGCUCAUGUCGCAGAUCAGGAUGCAGAAUCACUUUGGAACAGUGCGGGCUGAGGAGCGCUAUUAUAUAGAUGCAGACCUCUUAAGAGAGAUCAAGCAACAUCUGAAACAGCAGCAAGAAGGCUUGAGUCACCUCAUUAGCAUUAUAAAAGACGACUUGGAGGACAUCAAACUUAUAGAACAUGGGCUGAAUGAGACCAUUCCCAUCAGAGGAGGAGUCUUCAGCUGACCUGGUGGAUGCUGCUGAGCUUACAUGCAACAACCUUACUUGAGUUCAUGGGGUCACCUUCCAAGGCUGAAAACUGUUGAGGUAAAAUAAAAGACAGAUCUUCUAGGAGCAAUGGUAUUCUGGCUGUUAUCUUUAGAAACUAGCAAAACCUCCUCUAAGCUUUUCAACUUGACCUUUGGAAGGUUUCUAUUUUAUAAAGCUUUAAAUGCUUUAAUUAAAAGGAAAAGCAAAAGUAAGGAAAACUGACUCUGUUCAGAUACUGGUUUACUACAAAACUAUAUGUACUAUUGUACAUUUUCCUCUCUCCUUUUUUCCCCCCCUUCCUUUUUUUAACAACAGCAUUGUCCUAAAUUUGCAGUGCCAAGGGAGUUGGUCCACUUGUGACUUGGUUUGUGGAAAGCUUAGCCUGCUUCUGUGGUUCUGUCCAAACAAUGGAGUGACAUCGUUAUGUAGGCAGCUAAUUGAAGUCAUUGCAGAUAUGUCUGUUGCUGUGAUUUUGUCAGUCUCUGCAAUACCAGCAGUUUACUGGGGCAAGCUGUAGCAAGUUGAUGUUUCUAGUUUCUGUCUUCCCUUUGGACCACAGGGAUCUGAAGGUUGUGUUUUUGUCACUUUACAUACAUCAAUUCUAUGAAGCUUUACUGCCCCAUAAAUAACAGAAUGUCCAGGCCUUGUCUUCUGCCUUUUUUUUAAUUGCCAGAGGGUAAUAAAUUCAGUCUGACUUUCUAAGAA